AUGUCAACUACAGCUGCAGCGAUCGAUCGAGCGGUCGCUCGACAACUUCAAAAAACUUGGGCGGACCAACCUAACACCGGCAAAGACGGGAACACCGUGCUCCUGGAGACUGUUCCGUCGACCAUUCAACAGACCCAGGACUACUUCGUGGAGCGCCGAUACGAGUCGACGGAAAAGAGGUACCAAUGCACCGUUGACUUUAUGUCGGAAAUUCUGGAGGAGCUCGAGCCGCCUGUAAGUCCCAGCAAUGACUCUAUACAAAGCGGUCAAUUUCGAUCAAAUGUCGCCGCGUUAUCUCUCGCACAACUUCCGCAUAUUCGUUUGCCUCCGUUUGACGGAAAUCUCGAGGAAUGGGAGCAGUUCCGCGAUCGGUUCUCGUCGCUCAUUAUCCAAAACCCGGACUUAAAUAAUUUCGCUCGCAUGCAUUUUCUUUCCUCGUGUUUGCGAGGGCAAGCGCUGAACAGUCUCGAGUCUGCGUCGGAGUUGCAAUCACUUCGAGACUGCGCGAAUAUUGCUGUCACUUCGCUUGCUCAGCUUCCACGUUCACCGGAUGAACUGUGGAGCGACAUAUUAGUACACAUUAUAGUUCAAAAACUCGAUCCGGUUACUAAAAAGGCGUGGCGGCUUAAGACGAUCGACCAACUCGAGCCUCCGUCGUUUAAAGAUUUGAGUGCGUUUCUUGCAUGCCGUGCGCGAGCUCUUGAGGAGAUUGCAAGCUCCCCCGUUAUCAAGACUGGUUCCGGAACUGCUCCGAUACGUAGGGUGACUGUCGCGACCGCGGCCGCGUCGCCCGAUUCUGCAUGUCCGAUAUGCAAGGCGCGACAUUUCUUCAGCGCGUGUCAGACCUUUGUGCGAGGGAGCGUGUCUCAGCGUCGCGAGCUCGUUCGGAAGCAUGGGCGUUGCUUCAAUUGCCUAAGUCAAGGGCACUCAGUUAGAGAAUGCAAAAGCAAGUAUUCGUGUCGCAAUUGCCAAGCUCGCCAUCACACGUUGCUUCACACGAGCCAGCGACCUGAGGCUCAGGAAGCGAACAACUCGGUUAUCGUGCAACCGAGCUCGAACGGGAACUCGAGCGUUGAAGUUACUUCGAUGAUCGCGUCAUCUUCGAAAGCGCAACAUACGCCGGUUCUCCUCGCGACCGCGCGCGUCCGAGUAGGGACGUCCAAUGGGCGCUCCCUCGAAAUUCGCGCUCUCCUCGAUCAGGGCUCCGAGAUGACGUUCAUCUCGGAGCAUCUCGCUCAACUCUUGCGUGCGAAACGGCACCGCCUGCCUACGUCGGUGUCCGCCGUCGGAGGCGUUCAUGCUGGCACAUAUCGCUUCGCCGCGCGGAUCUCUCUUUCGUCUCUUUCGUCCGAUAAUCCGUCUAUCACGACGAACGCGUUAAUUCUUAACACGCUCACAUCAUAUUCGCCGAAACGAGCAAAGGGUGUCGCAUCGCUUCGGCAUCUCGAGGGCGUCGUCUGGGCGGAUCCGGAUCCUACCAGUUUGGAACCGAUUCACCUCAUUAUUGGCGCGGAACUCUAUGGUGAGGUAAUGCUAGAGGGCCUUCGAAAAGGUCUCCCUGGCCAGCCGAUCGCGCAAAAUUCGAUAUUUGGAUGGGUCAUAUCAGGUCCGACGUCGUCCAUUCUCGCCGCUCAAACUCACUCGCGCCCGUGCGAAAUUAACUCGAGUCAUGCUCAUCACAUCGCGGUUCAUCACUGUGUCACUGAGUCCUCCUUGGAGGAGGAGAUCAAACGAUUUUGGGAGGUCGAGGAGCUUCCCGACCGCCCGCAUACGGCACCUGACGACGUAGCUUGCGAGAAACAUUUUCUCGAAACGCAUUCACGCACCGCGACGGGACGGUACGUCGUGCGUCUUCCUUUUCGAGCCGGUCCUCCAAUCGCAAUCGGAGACUCUUGCUUUCGCGCGGAAAAGCAGCUCAACACGCUCGUGAGGCGGCUGCACCAGCAGCCUGAUAAGUUUCGCGAGUACCGCGCUUUCUUGAAGGAGUACGAAUCUCUCGGGCAUUCGCGCGUGGUUUCACGCGCCUCGAACACGUUAGCGCCGUGCGUCUUCCUUCCUCAUCACCCGGUCUUCCGCGAAACCAGCACAACCUCGCGGUUGCGGGUCGUCUUUAACGCGUCUAGCGUCACGUCGAACGGAUCCUGUCUAAAUGAUCACCUCUUGUCUGGUCCGAAAUUGCAAGCCGACUUGCUCGGUCAUUCUUCGCUGGCGACAGUUUAA